AUUAAAAAAAAUGUCUUGGAGUGAAAAAGGCUCACCUUGUUCGUCGGCAUUAGAAGCAUCUUCAUCGAGAAUGUCGAGGCAACGGUCGUCGUUGUACCACGGAACUUGGCCACUGGAGCGGGACUCCUGGAGUGCGGUUCCCGCUGGCGGGAACCGCCAGCGGGGAAUCAGUGAAGUUGAAGGUGAAGUUGAAAACCAUCCGGGAAGCGUGAUAAGCUUCAACGGAUUGCAGUCCGAGGAAGCAGAGCAAGAGGAGGCCCAGGGCGACGACAACGACGUCGCGGAGAACUACGACGUCAAGAAGGAUAUGAUUGUUAGCUUGUUGGGGAUGCUGAUGAACGACAAUUCAGGGCCGAAGGACACGAGUAAUACUUUGUUGUCUUUGAGUUGCAUCUCCCUAUUGGUCCGCCUAAUCCACUCCCCGAACCCGGAACAGUCUGUGCGCAGAAGCGCAGGUCGCGCCCUCUACAACAUAAUCCGUUCCACGGAGAACAAAAAGCAGAACCGGCAGGAACUGCACAUCCUAACUCUAGUGGACCAAUUGCGAGAUUACUCCAGCAGUUUCUUAGAACCUAACCAAGCACGAGACCAGCACCCUCUAUCAGCGCUUUCUGACCUAACAAAGCUAUCCUACGUGGACGUUUACAGACACACUAUCUGCCUAAUGGGAGGGUUGUUUGCAAUAGCGGAGCUUAUAGAGACGGAUUACAAAUUGUACACCCCAGAGACAACUAACCCAAGUUGCCUAGCCGUGAGGAAGUACUGCGGGAAGAUUUUGACCAAUUUGACCUUCGGAGACUCCAAGAACAAAAGCUUGCUGUGUUCCUUCCCGGGGUUCCUCAGAGCUUGGGUGUCUCAGUUAAGGAGUCCGCAGGACGACGCGCACCAGGUUACUGCUUCAGUCCUCCGGAACUUGUCCUGGAGGGCGGAUAAUGUCUCCAAAAGGCACCUCAGGGAGUCUGGAACGGUUCGGGUGCUUAUGGAAGCUGCGAUAAGGAGCAAGAGGGAAUCCAUCCUUAGAGCCAUCCUUUCCGCGCUUUGGAACUUAUCCGCGCACUGUGCCAGGAACAAGGCAGAAAUCUGCGGAGUUCAGGGCGCCUUGACCUUUUUAGUAGAACUUCUAGACCCUCUGGAGAAAUCUACCUUAGCAAUUGUGGAAAACGCUGGAGGAAUUUUAAGGAAUGUUUCCAGCCAUGUCGCAGUUGAGGAAAAGUACCGGCAAAUUUUAAGGAAAAAAGGAACCCUUCAAGUUCUGGUUCAGCUUUUAAGGUCUCCAAGCUUGACAGUUGUCAGCAAUGUCUGUGGAACUUUGUGGAAUUUGUCCGCUAGGAACGCAGUUGAUCAGAAAACUUUGUGGGAUUUGGGCACGGCGCAGAUUUUAAGGAGCUUGGUUCAUUCGCAGCAUAAAAUGAUCUCCAUGGGAGCCAGUGCAACGUUGAGGAACCUUUUGUCGGCUAGGCAGAGGACUUUUUUGAGUGAUAAUUUUGAGGACCAGCCUAUUGAUUAUUCGAAGAAGUAUUUGGAGCAAAAGCGCGGGGAUUAUGCUGAGACUGACUUGGAUCAACCUACGGAUUAUAGUUUGAGAUACGCAGACCAGGAGCCUGAAGACGACCUCCAGCCUGACGUAACCAAAACCUACUGCACGGAAGGCACACCUUACGAAGGAACACCGCGGAAUUUCUCAACAGCGACGUCAAUGUCUGACCUGCGGGAACCGCAGGUCAAAAAGGAGGUCAAGGAGGUUAAGGAAGAAUUGUACCUAUCCAGAGUAAACUCCUUAAGCUCACUAACUAAAGAAGAUCCUCUGGAACCUGACCUCCAGAACCAAGACCUCCAGGACCUCCAGGACCCUGAAAAGGACAAAGAAACCCAAAAAAUGGUAACCUUCGCGGAGGACUUCGACGACAAGGAAACCCCGCUGAUGUUCUCCAGGAGCAGCUCCUUAGGAAGUCUCAGCGGGUUCGAAGCGAACUCUGUCGACGACCACAGCUCUGUUAUCAGCGAUUUAAGCCGGAUGACCAGCGGGAUGAUUUCUCCAAGUGAGCUUCCGGAUUCUCCCACCCAAACAGUUCCUCCCAGUCCUAGAAAGAAGCUCAGGGACAAUUUGGGGAUGUUUGAGGACCGGCUGGAGAAUUUUAAGGAGGAAAACACACCCCUGGAGUUCAGCAACGCGACCAGUCUCAGUUCCUUGACGAUUGACGAUGAUAAGGGUGGUAAGGAGGGGGAAGAAGUGACCAAGGUCAAAGCUGGGCUGAUUAAAAAAGAAGAGGGCUCUGAUGAAGACGAAGAAAUCCUUAAGGCGUGUAUUAAUAUUGGAAUGCAGCAUCAAAGGGUUGAAGGUAGCAAUUUGAUUAGGUACCAAACUAGCACGACCUUGGAUAGGCUUAGUGAUGAGUCUCCUAAGAAAGGGAAUGUUUCUAUGGACUCAGUUCAUGUUUAUUGUACUGAAGACACUCCAGCGGAUAUUUCUCCGGUUGGAUCUCAGUCAAAUUUGUCCGCUUUGUCCAUGCCGAGCAUUCUUGAAGAUAGAGUGGAAGAAGAAAAUGGCGGAGUGGAGGAGGAAGAAAAUGGCGGAGAUGGAAGCUUAGCCGGGUCUGAGGAGAGUGGGGAUGAAGAAAUUCUAGGACAGUGCAUCGAAUCGGGAAUGUCUAAGUGUAUUAGUCCGACAGCUGAGGCUUUUUUGAAGCGGAGGGAGUUUAAUGAUCAAGAGGAAGAGGAAGAGGAGGAGGAAGAGGAGGAGGAGGAGGAGGAAGAAGAGGGGAAUAAUUCCUUUGAUUCGGAAGAAGACGACGACGCGAUCCUAGCGGAAUGUAUAGAGUCCGCGAUGCCUAAGGGCAGAGUUUUAAAUGACAAGCCAACGACCUCGAGGCAGGAACAAAAGUCGCCCUCUGUGGAUAGUUUGAGUCUUUCCGAAGAUGAAGAGGAGAAUAUUUUAGCGGAGUGUAUAAGGUCUGCUGUUCCGAAGGUUCCCAACGUGAAUUUUGUGAACGAGGAGCGAGGAACGAGGUACCCGAUCAAUGGAACUCUGAGGACGUUUUCUCCCAGGAUGAAAAGCUACGAGCCGAUUGUACUCACGGAUGAAAUGGCAAACUUUGCAACAGAAGACACUCCGUGUAAUUUUUCAGUUAUUUCCGGGAUCAGUAAUCUGUCCUUCAAUUCAAAUUCUGAA